UAGACAAAUAUUUUUUGGUCAAAGUGAAAAACUUGCCUAAUUUGAAAAUUACCCCCUUCUUCUCGGAGCUAUCUAGGCUUCAAGCCUUCAAGAAUACGAAAGAUUCUUAGAUUGGGUACACUUGAAUCUUCAAAUUGUGACCAAUCUUUUUCAAUUGAUUUCGGAAAAUCAUAUCAAUAAUCAAUGGGGAGGAGGAUUGGAGGAAGGAGCGUCGACUGGCGGGCAUGAGUGCAGCUGGUCGUAGAGUUAAACUUGAUCUGUUCGCGGAACCCUCUGGAGAUGUGGGUGCCUCCUCUACCCAGGGUAAAGUUGGAGAGAAUUGUGACACCGAAAAUAGUGUGGGGUCACCCAAUUCACCAUCAUCAUCAGGUGGGUUCUGUCAGUUUUCUUCAAAAAGGACUGCUGUUUGUAGAGAAGACAUGAUUUGACCGCCUAAAAUAUUGGUGGAAAUUGUUGAUUUCUUCAUACAAGACAUGUUUUUUGCACACCCGAAAGAUUUUGUUUUCAGAUUGUAGGGCAGCUGUGGUAUUUGAAACAAUCAUUUGGUAAUCAGAUUACAUCAACCCUGCCACAGGGAAUUAUGAUGAAAACUUUCAACCUACCCUACUUGGUGGUAUCAAAGGAAGUUUGGAGAUCUCAACAAGGAGUUUUUGCCCAUUGGACAGGAACCAGGGAAUCCUCUCCUGCUGCUUGAGCAGUAUAGUGAUGACGAAUUGGAUGACAAUUCAAAUGAAGGAAAAAAUCGAGCAGUUGCCGAGGACCCAUCUCACCAUCUGUUGACAUUGAUGGCCAGAUGAUUUGCACAAGCAUUACCUAUUUUUCUUGCAUGAUGUCACAUGUUUAAAUGGCAACUGUUGUGUUCUAGAACCAGUGCAAGAAUUUUCAAUCCAGCUCUUUUAGUGUAGCGGGAAACUUGUCAUGCCUUUUUGUUGACUUUUGGUUCUUAUAUUUUCUUAAUUAAUUUGUCUCGUAUUCAUCUUCUGAUUCUUGUCAAAUGCUGUUUUAAUUGGGUCUCGAUUCUAUAGGCUUUCUGCAUCACUGGCAUUUCAUUCUUUGUAUAUUGGUUGUAUCCUAGCCCAUCAUACCUCUUUUGCUUUUAGUUUUCAUGAUUGCUUUUAUUUUCUGAGACGUGCUUCUAGGUGGAAAAUUUUGGUGACUGCCAGGUUUUUUAUUUUACAAGUGCCAUUAGCAGGUGUCUCAUGCUGUCUUUUUUCUUGCUUCAUUGCAUUUAUACUCUCUUUUUCUCAGAUGAAAAUUGCUGCUGGGGAAGAAAGUGGAGAUAUUGGCACCAACGAUGGGAAUGAGCAUUUUGUUCUAAAGUUGGAAGAGUUUGUGAUAGAUCAUGAUUCUACUUCUGCGAAUGGUUUUCAGAAAUUCAAUUCGAGACAGUGAGAUUGUAGAUUCUGGUGAUUUGGACGGAGGCACAAAUCCAGCAGAAGAAGUUACAUAUCCUGAAGUGUCUGAUAUGCAAGUUGUUGGAUAUGUGAGUACAGGCUCGAAGGUCGUGUGGCAUGAAGAAAGUAAUCAAUCUUAUUAUUGGUUGCACUCUAAGGGGCAGAUGAAACAACUUGAAGUAGCCAUAGGUGAUGUUAUUCCAUGAUAAUGCACUGACGAGUGAAGUUGUGGUUUCAAAUAAAUCAUUUGAAGGCAUUGGCGAUGCAGUUGUUUCUAGUGAAAAGAAGCCAUUGUUUCCUGUUGUAGUUACUCAAGCUUCUGACUAUGCUGCUCAAGACUCAUAUUUUAAAUCUUAUGGUAACAGUGCCAUUACUGCUGGACAUGUUCCCUCAAGUGAGCAUCUUACUGCACAUUCAUGUUUAGGUAAUAGUUCAGGAAGAAUCAGUGAAGUCGGUGGACUUGCAAUUCAUAGUGACUUCACCCCCAAAACUAUGCUUCAUUCUAUGGAAGAAGUAGACAUGGAUGUGGACAUAGAAGUUGAAGAUACAGUUGCUUCAGCAAAGUCACCUCUUCAAGAUGCAUCAGGUGCUGAACCUAACCUCCCAUCAGAGCGAUUAAAUUUGCAUAAUCUACUUGCUGAUCAGGACUUUUCAGUGAAGGGGAAAUAAUUAGAUCUCGAGCCUCCUCCCCUGCCACCUGAUGAGCUUCCUGAAACCUCUUUCCUUCUACCAUCUCAUCUAGAGUUAGGACAACCUUUUACAUAUACUGAACAGUACAACCUGUCAUAUCCUGACAGCAGUAUUGAAUACUAUGGGCAAACGAACACGGAACUUUCUGGUGCUAGUCUCUACACACAUGCCGAGGGAGGUCAGGUAGCUGCCUCCCAUCUACCAGAUUAUUAUGACAAUGUCUCCAAUGUUGAUGUGGACAUCCUUCAUCAAGCCAUUUGUUUGGGCCUUCUUAUCUUCCAUUUAUUUUAGGUCUUAUAUUUUAUUGGGCUUGUAUAUGGGUUUAGCCCAAACCCUCAAAUUAGGUUAAUUAUUUUGUUAUUUAUAUGGUUGUAAUUGGAUUGAAAAUCCGUUGAUGAAUUGAUGAAUUAAAUUGCUUGGUUUGUUGCCGAA